UACAUUAGGGAUCGUAUGGAGUAAAAUCUCAGAUCUUAGUUCACAAUGUAAAAAUGUGUGAUUCAUGUGGCCUCAUAUGAUACCACAUUUGUAUUUGUUGCAGACCUAAACUCAAAAUGAAGCAACCAAUGGAGGCAGCAAGCAAUCCCCCCAAUCCAAGUUUUCCUCCGGAGCUAAGUUCAUCCAUUAACGGCGACGGCAAUGGAGUUGCUUGGUACUUUCAAUGAGCUAACAGAGAGAAUGGGAGAGAUUUCAACUGCAUCAUCUUCUCAACUUCUGUUCAAGGCUUUGAAGCUUUCUUUUCCUCCUCUUCAGUCUCUGCCUGUUGACGCCGAUGGCCGGACUCCGCUUGCAAAGGCCUGCACCAUUGCUUAUCUUCUUGCUGAUUUGCAGAUGGAUGCAGAGGUUGUGUCCGCAGCCAUACUGAGAGAAGCCCUGUUGGCAGGCGCUAUAACGAUGGACGAAAUCGAAACCCAAACUGGAUCUAGCACCCUUCACCUGCUGCAGGAGAGCUUGAAGAUGAAGGACCUGCACUCAGGGGAUGAGACGUUAGACGAUGAAAGAGCCAACGAACUAGGAAAGCACUUCCUCACUUCCUAUGACAUCAGAGCUCUAAUUGUGGAGCUUGCUGCCAGACUUGAUUCAAUGCGACACAUAGACAACCUCCCUAAAUACCACCAACAGAAGUUGUCCCUCGAGGCUUUGAAGAUAUGCGCACCUCUUGCCCAUGCUGUCGGAGCUGCAGGCUGGUCACUCGAGCUCGAGGACCUCUCAUUUCGCAUCUUGUUUCCCUCUUCUUACGUCUAUUUGGACACGUGGCUUACAAGUCGUGAAACUGAGAGUAAGCCCCUGAUUGAAAUAUUCAAGAGUCAGCUGCUUCAAGCAUUGAAAUCCGACAGCGAGUUGCAGGAGAUUGUAAAUGACGUCACUAUCAUAGGUCGAUACAAGAGCCGUUUCAGCACCAUGAAGAAGCUGUUGAGCUAUGGCAUCAAGCCUGAAGAGCUCCAUGAUAAUUUAGGUUUGAGGGUUAUCAUAGAUCGAAAAUGUGGAGAUGAGGCGAGCGACGAAAGGGGGGUGAGAGCUUGUUAUGGGGCUCAUGAAGUGAUGCAGAGUCUGUGGAAAGAGAUUCCUGCAAGGACAAAAGAUUAUAUUGCAAAGCCUAAAGGAAAUGGAUACCAAAGCUUGCAUCUUGUAAUCGAUCUUAGCGAACGAGGACCAUUGGUGAUACCAUUGAUGGAAGUGCAGAUAAGGACGGCUGCGAUGGAUAUGGUGGCUGAAGGUGGAGUUGCCUCCCAUUCAAUGUAUAAGGGUGGUUUAACUGAUCCCGAAGAGGCAAAAAGGCUAAAGGACAUUAUGCUGGCUGCAGCUGAUGCCACAGCCCUCCACCUGAGAGAUUUGCCUUCUGGAAAUCAGAAGGGAAAACUCGACAAUGACCCCAAAAACCAAGUGUUCCGCUUCCUUGAUGAAAAUGGUGAUGGUAGAAUCAGUAUCGAAGAACUCACGGCAGUUAUGGGAGAGCUUGGAGCAGGGAGCAAAGAUGAUCAGGAGCUUAUGCAACUUCUCGAUGAAAACAUUAAUGAUGGUUUCUUGAGUACUGAUGAGUUUGAUUUUCUGCAGAAACAGGUUGGAUUUAUGAGGACUAUGGAGGACACAGAUGAUCAAUACAGAAGCAUGUUUCAAAUGACUGAUGGCAUAGGCUUGAUCCAAGUUUAUCGCAGGGAGUUGAGUGACAAGCUUACUGUGAGUUAAUGUUGACAUAUUAUUAUUAGUUAGGACUUAUUUGUAAUUUGUGUAAG